GCCGUAGUUUCACGAGUCCGAUAGUGCCAGUGCUUUCCUCUGCCACCUGUACCUUCAACAAUGGGCCUAGUAUCUUCCAUCAAGAGUUCUGGCCUGGUCCACAUCUGGUUCUUCUGCCUCUUUGUGAUAAGUGCCCUCAUUGUCACGACGUGCCAAUGCUUCACCCUGGUUUUAUGGCCGAUCAGCAAGAGGUUAUACAGGGAAGCCAAUGGCCUCAUUAUCGCUUUGAUGUGGCAUGAGCCGUUGUGGCUGAUUGACUACUGGUCUGGAUCGGAGGUCCAUCUCUACAUCAAAGAUGAGGAACUGGACCUGAUAGGAAAGGAGCACGUAGUCCUGAUCUUGAAUCACAGACAAGACGUGGACUGGCUCGUCACCUGGCAAAUAGCAGAAAGGUGUAAUGUACUUAGGGGGGCAAAGAGUCUGAUGAAGAAUGAGCUGAAGUAUGUGCCUUUCUUUGGUUGGUCUUUCUACCUCACUGAGCAGCUUUUCGUCAACAGAGAUUACGCUAAAGAUAAAACAUCCCUGGUGAACCAUUUUAAGAACAUCACAACAUUCCACUAUCCAUGUGUUACAUUGAUCUUCUGUGAGGGAACCCGUUUCACAGAGGAGAAGUACAAGAAAAGCCAGGCGUUUGCGAAAGAAAAGGGACUCCCAGGCCUUAAACACCAUCUCAUGCCAAGAACAAAGGGCUUCAAUCUAUGCAUGCAGACUUAUAAAGGAAAAGUUUCACAUAUUGUUGACGCAACGAUAGCUUAUAAAGAUGGUGCUAAAUCCUCGCUGUAUGAUCUUCUUUGUGGAAAGAAAUUUGAAUACCAUGUAUACGGCAGGGUUUUACCUCUUGACGAGGUACCUACCGAUUCAGACGAAGCAACUGCUGAAUAUUGCCAUGAAUUAUAUAGGAAAAAGGACGAGACAUUCCAGUACUUCUUGGACCACAACACGUUUGAAGGGUACGAUCCCGAGAGGGGGCACAAGUUUUUACCCCCUUCCCCCACUCCUAAGUACGUGAUGAUAUUUUGGUUCACGGUGUUAGGAAUUCCUCUUAUUUACUACGCCUUUGUCACGCUUCUCUCCGGCUCAACUCUCCUAAUCCUUCUUGUGGCUGGUGCCGUCUAUGGAGUGUUUACCUACACCAAGUCUAUCAUCAACGUCACGGUAGCAUCCAAAGGCUCUGCUUACGGUAGCACCAAGGCCAGCGGGAGUCAAGGGGUUAAGAACGGCUCGGUGGACACCAGCAGUAAAGUGGAGAAGAAGGAGAAUUAAUGCUUCAACUCUCACAAGAACAACGCCCACAAGAAUAGUCACAACAGUGUCAACUAUGGUAAAGUGCCACUUGGUCUACAUCCGCUUCGUCUUCUUUCUGUUAAGGCCUCAUCCCACAUGGUCAUUCUGUUUCAUCUACUUUCAUCUACUACCAGUCCUACCAACCAUUUUGUCUUGUUGCCAUUGAGCACAUCAAUCAUGUUGUUUAAUUUUUUUGUUAGGCUAUACCCAUUUGGUCUAAUAGCCACUUGGUCUAACAUCAAUUGGUCUAUAUGAUUAGGUGACUAACUUCAUUUUACAACGUAAGAAAAUUAGACCAACUGGAUAUUUAAUAGACUAAAUGACAAUUAGACCAUCUGUAUUUUACCAAGUUUAAUGUAGACUGAAUGUUGGUGAAAUAACAUUGAUUGUAGACCUGGUGGCAUGUGGUCUCAAAAGAGGUUUCAAUUGUACCGUGGUAACAAAACCUUGGACUACGCUGGUUUCUGGUAUUAUCAUAGGGGCGCCCUUUGCAAUUCAUAAUUGGACAUUUCAUAGUGUACAUGAUGAAAUAAAUGUAAUUUAUAUACACUAUUCUGCAUGAUCCAUGGUUAUGUACCAUGGUAUGAUUGAAACCUCUUUCGAGAAUAAGGGCCAAUAGGUUUAGUCCAUGUGGCAUUAGACUGUCGGAGAACUAGACCAUCUUGUAGACCAAUAUUAUACAGAUGUUGCCUACCUAGAGUUUGAAUAUAACAUUUAAUAAUAAUAAUAGUAAUAAUAUGCAACAUUUAUAUAGCGCUUAAUA